AUGGCAGACGCGGAAGAAGCAAGCAAGACCCCCCCCGCGGUUCGCAAGACGCCCAUCGAAGCACCCUCUCCGCUCAGCAAGCCGGAUCCCAGGCCCCAGCUCACGCAAGCCCAGCAAGCCAAGUACGACGAGCUGCUGGCCAGAGCCAAGGCCCUCGGCCGAAUCGCGUGCUCCCCUUGCCCCUCGGGCGAGACGAGGCAGGACAAGUCGGGCCCCGUGACGGAGCGCGAGCGGGCGUGGCUCACGCGCGAAUGCAUCCUCCGGUACCUCCGCGCCACCAGCUGGAGCGUCGGGGAAUCCGAGCAGCGCCUCCGCGACACCCUGGCCUGGCGCAGGGAGUACGGCAUCGACGGCUUCACGCCCGAGUACAUCUCCCCCGAGCAGGAGACGGGCAAGCAAAUCAUUGUCGGGUUCGACAGCAAGGGCCGGCCGUGCCAGUACCUCAACCCCGGGCGGCAAAACACGGAUCCGAGCCCGCGCCAGGUCCACCACCUGGUCUACAUGGUCGAGAGGGUCAUAGACGUGAUGCCGGCGGGGGUGGAGAAGCUCAAUCUCAUGAUCAACUUCAAGCCCAGCAAGCAGAGGCAGAAUACGUCGGUGCCCAUUUCGAUUGCCCGCGAGGUUCUGCACAUUCUGCAGAGCCAUUAUCCCGAGAGGCUGGGAAAGGCCUUGAUAAUCAAUGUCCCCUGGAUCGUGUGGGGCUUCUUCAAAAUCAUAAAGCCCUUCAUGCACCCCGUCACGCGCGAAAAGCUCAAGUUCAACGAGGACAUGAGGCACUUUGUCCCGGCCGAACAGCUCUGGAGCUCGGAUUGGGACGGCGACAUGGACUUUGAGUACGACCACUCCGUGUACUGGCCCGCCUUCAGCGCCAUGUGCAGGCAGCGGCGUGAGCAACGCAUGGCCCGAUGGAGGGCUGCAGGCAGCCAGAUCGGCGAGUCGGAGGAUUACCUGGCCGGCGGCACCGACGUCAGCGUCACCGGCUUCACCUUUUCGUCGACCGAUGCGGCAGCUGCUGCUCCCGUCCCGGCCACCACCACCACCACCAACACCACCACCACCCUGGCUUGCGACGCCGGAGCGAGAGAUGGCGACGAUGGCGCACAAGAAAAGCUGCUGGCCGGGGGCUAG